AUGGCGGUCUUUCCAAUCUCAUUAUUAAUAAAUUACAUUCUUCCAUCCUUCAUCCUGAUAUGUAUAGGUAACAACUUCCGUUCAACAAACAAUGAAGCAAAUGGAACUCAAAAUACAAUCAAGAGAAAAUCUGUUGAAGCAGACAGCGAUAAUGAAAAGAAGAAAGCAACAACUGGUUAUCAAGGUCUUCCCAUGACUCAGUCUGGUACUUCUCAUUCAACAAAAACUAUUCAAAAUACAAAGAAGAGAAAAUCUCUUGAAGCAGAUCGCGAUAAUGAAAAGAAGAAAGCAACAACCGGUUAUCAAGGUUUUCCCGUGACUCGGUCUGGUACUUCUCAUUCAACAAAAACUAUUCAAAAUACAAAGAAGAGAAAAUCUCUUGGAGCAGAUAGCGAUAAUGAAAAGAAGAAAACAAAGAAAGCAACAACCAGUUAUCAAGGCAAGCCCUCAAAAAGAUUCAGUUGCGGCAUAUGUUUUGAUUCUGUAAAAGAAUCUAAAAUCUUCACAAACACUUCAUGCAAUCAUCCCUUUUGUACUAAAUGCAUAUCCAAGUAUGUCAAACUUCAAAGAAAACAAAAAGUGGUGAAACUCACCUGUCCGGAUCCACAAUGUUCCUUGGAACUCAAACCACAACAUUUGCAAUCCAUUUUACCUAAAGAACUUAUUGUUGAAUGGGAAUCUGCAAUUUAUGAGUCUUCGAUUUCUUUGAAGAAAAAAAUUUACUGUCCUUAUAAGAAUUGUUCUCUUAUGUUGGUGAAUGAUGGGAAAGAAGUUGUUACAAGCUGUGAAUGUCCUUCUUGUCAUAGACUAUUCUGUGCACAAUGCAAGGUUCCAUGGCACGCAGACAUGAGUUGCCGGAGAUUUCAGAAGUCGGCAAAGCGUCGAGAUGAAAAACAAUUGGAUGAGAAAUUUAUGGAAUUAGCUAAAAGAAACAAGUGGCAGAAGUGUCCCAAAUGCUGUAUGCAUGUUCAGAGAAAUGGUGGAUGUGAGCACAUGUCAUGCAGGUGUGGAUGUAACUUCUGCUACAAGUGUGGGAAGGAUUGGAAGCAUGGACAUAUCUGUAAAACAUGUAGAUCAUAA